AUGUAUCUCUUAAAUUGGAUAUUCCUUCUUCUUGGGUCUUCCCUAUUCAAAGUUGACGGCGUAUCCGAAAAAAUAUCACAGAAUCGACUUUUGCUGAAUGAUCCUAGUGCCCUCCUCCCCCAAACAGACGAUGUGGAGAGGAAAAUUCUGGCGAUGGAUUCACAAAUGACUCAGCUUAAGAGUCAACUGGACAAUGGUUUGCUAUCUCAUCACAAAUCUGCUGUGUAUACUCGUUGGGGUAGACAGACUUGUCAAGUCGUGAAUGGCACCACCAUUUUACACAGUGGCGUUGCAGCUGGAAGAAACUACAAUGAUAAAGGAGAUGGAAUCAAUACAUUGUGCAUGCCGCAUAACCCUGAUUCCGCUCCCCUAGAUCCACCAGGUGCGCCAAACCAAUACCAUUUUGGCCGUAUAUACGGGUCUGAGUACGAAUUUUCGUACAAAAAUGUAGCUCGUAAUGACGAUGUACCAUGUGCUGUUUGCUACGACGUCUAUGCUACCACUUCUGUGAUGAUCCCAGGAAAAAUUGUUUGUCCUAGUCACUGGACCAAACAAUUCGACGGAUUCUUAUCGUCAGGAUCUCACUAUACUGACCAAACUGGGGGAGAAUACCUAUGCUUGGAUAGAGAUCCAGAGUAUGCAACAGAGGGCGCUAGACAGCAAGACUACAAUGGCCGUGUGUUUUACCCCGUGGAGGCAGUCUGUGGAUCGCUUCCGUGUCCACCUUAUGAAAACGGCAAAUACGUCUCUUGUGUUGUUUGUACCAAGUAAACAUUAAAUGA